AUGAGGUCCGAUGAUGACCAACUAGCGGAACUCGAAGAACAAGCCCGAAAACAAGAGGAGAAAGAGAUGGAAGAUUCAGGGGAAGUCGACGGCGAAGAGGCUGAUAGAGAGAUUGACCAUCUGAUUCUUGUCACACACGGGAUUGGCCAAAGGUUGGGAUUGCGGUUGGAUAGUAUUAAUUUCGUGCACGACGUCAAUGUCCUCAGGAAGACCAUGAAAAGUGUAUACGCCGCAUCACCAGAUUUGCAGGUUCUUAACUCGCACGUUGACUCCGAGCUCAAGAACUGUCGUGUCCAGGUCCUUCCCGUAUGCUGGAGACAUUUACUUGACUUCCCACAACAAGGACUCAAGCAGCAUCGAAAAGAACUUGACCUUGCUGACGCUGAUAAAAUGGCAGUUGAGGAUGCGCACUAUCCAAGUUUGAAAGAUAUUACACUAGAAGGGGUCCCUGCUGUCCGAAAUCUGAUUACUGAUCUAGCUAUGGAUGUUUUGCUUUACCAGAGUACCUACCGGGAGCAUAUUGCGGGUAUCGUGCAAAGGGAGUGCAAUCGCAUAUAUAAGCUUUUCAAAGUCCGCAACCCGAGGUUUAAAGGUUCCAUGCUGAAAGGGAAAAGAAUUGUCGGAAAGGACUUGAAGAUAAUGGACUCGACCCAACCCCCUGGUUUCAUAACUUCAGUCUCGUCACCUAAAUGUGGGCAACUAUUCAAUAUCUUCCAUCCGUCCGACCCUAUCAGUUACCGCAUUGAACCCUUGAUAUCCCCAGCCAUGACUGCACUGAAACCUCAGCCCCUACCAUACGUCAAACGGACGAUAUGGAGCACGUCAGGUCAGAGCCUCACUAAUAUCAGUACCCGGGUGGGCCAGAGUGUCGGGUCCCUUUGGACUCACUUUGCUUCCGGGGUUGCAAGCAGCUUUCUGAACCGCAGCUUGGGCCUGAGUGAAGCGUCAACGCAACCACGACUAGCUGUUGGAGAACGGCAAAAAAUAACUGGUUCACGCACUGAGUUAGAUAUCGAUCAAUCACAGGCGAUUGACAUGGGAGCGGUGGUCAACGAGUCAAGUCCAUCCCACCAGAAAUACCCGACUCUCAUCGAUGCGAAUAUCGAAACGCUCUAUGACGGGUUUCAGAAAACUAGGAACUCAUCGAUCGACAUAGCUAUUGAAUCUGAAUCCUCAAUCGGGAUUGAAAAUCGCGCGCGCAAUAUAAGGCAUGAGGAGGAAAAAGUCCGCGCUUUGAAUUCUAAUGGUCGGGUUGAUUAUAGUAUACAAGACUAG